GGGAACUUCCCACCGGAGAAAAAAUGCACGGAAGGACCAGUCCACCUUGGAACAUGCCUCCCUCCACGUUUCGCUCGAGAGACACGAGGUAGGUUCUGAUUGGGCCAUCAGCCUCUUGUCGGGUCGCGGUCGCGAUCGCCAAAUGUGACAGCUUGUGGCAAAAGCGACCGCGGCGUCCAUGGGAGCAAAAAGCUCUUGAGCCUUGGUCCUGUUGGCCCUUCCCUUCCCAAAAGCCGCAUUGUACUGAUGGUGCAUGGAUACAUUACACGUCUUUCUACUCGUGAGGAAGCGUGCUCGGGGAUUUAUGAAGAAAUUGAGCAAUGUUGUCAAGCGCAAUUCCCCGCUGCUGGAGAACACCACAUUUCUCUGCUGAUUGUCAUCGUCGUGACUUGUGAGCUGAAUAAUAAAAUUUAAAACCUUUUCCCCAUUGAAUUCAUCGUGGAUUGUUGUAUCCGCAAGGAGGAAGAUGGGUGCAGGACAGUCCAGCAGUGCAGAAAACCACGCAGCGGGGGUUUUAGAAACAAAGCUUCGGGGAAGUGGAGAUUUGACUGUUUUGGAGCGAGCCUUCGAAUGUCUUUCACUAUCAUCGGAUGAGACCGGAAAACAAGCGCUAAUACAGAGAAAGAAAUUGGAAGGGUGCUUUGGACUCGCUCCAUUAGCAGUGAGAGAUGAUGGCAUAUCUCAAAUUUCUCAAAUCAUGGCUUCUGUUGGAUCGGCGAUUGUCGGAGAGUAUUUCGAUGCUGAACACGAGACGUUUGACUGGAAUCAGCUCCUGGAAGGAUAUCAGAAAAUCAUUGAGGCUACUGGUGUGGAACACUUGAAAGCGCUGUUUUCCGUUUUUUUCCGUGCAAGUGGGACGGCACUGGAGGACCCGAAAUCAAAAGUAUCAAAAUCUGAGAAUGAAGGGGAGGGAGCUGAUAUCACAUCCAUUAGUGAAACUCAACUCCAGAACUUCCUGUUGUUGUGCUGGGUUCUAAUGUGUCACACUAGGCUCCCAACGAAAGGCAAUGUGACCGAAAGUGGUGGUGUUUUGGAGAUUUCUUUACCGAAUAUUAACUCGUUAAUGUCAGCAGCUGUCAGUGCUUGUGAAAAGAAAUCGAAGGGUGAAACUUCUGCUGAGCAAAUUGGUCGGGAGAUGGUUUUCUCCAUUUCUGAUGUCUCUUCGUGGAUCCUGUCCACAAUACCUGCCCUUUCUGAAUGCUUGGUGCGCUACGUUCGAGCUCAACUGACCAGGAUUCCUGUUCUGUCCAAGGUUGAUAGUCACGAUGAGCAAAACAAAACUACGACGUCCCAGAGUGCUGAAUCUGAAGAAGCUGGAAGGACUUCUGACGACAAGCAAGAGCUGGAAAAUGCCAAGAAGGAUGUCCUCCUUCUUCACUCAGGAACGGCUUGGGCUGUGGGACUUUCUUUGAAAGAUUAUACUGCUGCAGAGAUUCUUUUCAGGGCUUCUUGUGGAAUCGUUGAAGCUGCAGAUGUUGAACUUCCCACUCUUCUCUACAGGUCAUCACUGCAUGGAAGAGGGUUGAACCGCUUCUGGACAUGUGUAGACGGAUAUCGUGCUCCUGUUAUUGUCCUCAUCUCCGCUCAGACCCAAGAGGAGUCAUCACCGGGAGCUGUUUUUGUAAUGGGGACGCUAGUCUCCUCUGGAUUUGAGAACAAGGAGUCGUCUUAUGGAGCAUCCGGUUGCUGUCUUUAUUCUGUUGAGCCGCUGUUCUGUCCUUUCCGUACUUCUGGUAAGGAGAAAUAUUACGUGUACAGUCAUAAGCACACUCCUGGUGCAGUUUACAGAGCUCAACCAGCUAAUGAAGGCAUCGGUCUGGGUGGAAGCUAUGGCAAGGAGAGAGUCUGGUUAGAUAAAGACUUCGCGACUCUGACUGUGAGACACCAUGCCGUGGACAAAACUUACCAUCCUGGGGGUCUUGUUCCGGGACAAGGCUUUUCCCCAGUUAGCGCUCAAAUGCUGGAAAUAGAGAUAUGGGGUUUGGGAGGAGUAAAAGCUGAACAGGAUCAAGCUAAGUUUCUCAACCGUGAGAAUUUGUUCUCUGAGCAACGACGCAAAAUAGAUCUAGCAGCUUUUGGCAAUUGGGAGAACUCUCCCGAGAAGAUGAUGAUGGAGAUGAUGGCUGAUCCAAAUGCCGGUCGCCGCCAAGAACGCUGAGCGUUUUCGUGAAUCAGCAGUGUAAUUUUUGAGCUCCUCGUUGCAGCUUAAAAAGUUUUGGAAUUAGCUGCAGUAAUUGAGCUCUGCGAUAGAGAAUGCGGUAGGUUGUGUACAAAGAGAAUCAAGGUGUAAAUCCAAGAUGUUCAUUGAUUACUUUGAAAGAUUUCUUCACUGAGUGAACUAGUGAUAUAAAUUUGUAAAAUUUUUUCCUUC